CGUGCGGUGUUUGUGCAUUCUGGCUGCGCGGCGGCGGCGCUGGCUGCGGGGGGAAGAUGGCGGCGUCCUCGCUGGAGCAGAAGCUCUCCCGCCUGGAGGCGAAGCUCAAGCAGGAGAACCGCGAGGCCCGCCGCCGGAUCGACCUUAACCUCGACAUCAGUCCUGCCCGGGCCCGGCCUACUCUGCAGCUGCCGCUGGUGAGCGACGGGGGGGGCCGGGCCGCGCCCCCCGAGGGGGCCCAGCACCCGCCGCCCCCCGCCCGCCCCCGCAACAUGCUGGGGCUGCCCCAGCCGCCCUUCCUGGUGCCCCGCAGCGUGGAGAGCAUCGAGAUCGACCAGAAGCUGCAGGAGAUCAUGAAGCAGACGGGGUACCUCACUGUGGGGGGGCAGGUGAGCGUGGGGGGGGGGCGUCGGGGGGGGGACCCUGACCCUGACCUUGACCCUGACCUUGACCCCGCGCCCCCCCAGCGCUACCAGGCGGAGAUCAACGACCUGGAGAACCUGGGGGAGAUCGGCAGCGGCACCUGCGGGCAGGUCUGGAAGAUGCGCUUCCGCAAGACGGGCCACGUCAUCGCCGUCAAGCAAAUGCGGCGCUCGGGGAACCGGGAGGAGAACAAGCGCAUCCUGAUGGACCUGGACGUGGUGCUCAAGAGCCACGACUGCCCCUACAUCGUCCAGUGCUUCGGCACCUUCAUCACCAACACCGACGUCUUCAUCGCCAUGGAGCUGAUGGGCACCUGCGCCGAGAAGCUCAAGAAGCGCAUCCAAGGCCCCAUCCCCGAGCGCAUCCUGGGCAAGAUGACGGUGGCGAUCGUGAAGGCCCUCUUCUACCUGAAGGAGAAGCACGGGGUGAUCCACCGCGACGUCAAACCCUCCAACAUCCUCUUGGACGAGCGGGGGCAGGUCAAGCUCUGCGACUUCGGCAUCAGCGGCCGCCUCGUCGACUCCAAGGCCAAGACCCGCAGCGCCGGCUGCGCCGCCUACAUGGCCCCCGAGCGCAUCGACCCCCCCGACCCCACCAAGCCCGACUACGACAUCCGCGCCGACGUCUGGAGCCUCGGCAUCUCCCUGGUGGAGCUGGCCACGGGGCAGUUCCCCUACCAGAACUGCAAGACGGAUUUCGAGGUGCUGACGAAGGUGCUGCAGGAGGAUCCCCCGCUGCUGCCCCCCGCCAUGGGCUUCUCCGGGGACUUCCAGGCCUUCGUCAGGGACUGCCUCACCAAGGACCACAGGAAGAGACCAAAGUACAACAAGUUACUGGAGCACAACUUCAUCAAGCGCUACGAGACGCUGGAGGUGGACGUGGCCUCCUGGUUCAAGGACGUCAUGGCCAGGACAGAGUCCCCUCGCACCGGCGCCGCCCUCAGCCAGCACCACCUGCCCUUCUUCACCAGGUAGCGCCCGUGUCGCCCGCCCGUGUCACCCACCUGUGUCACCCGCCGGGCCCGUGUCGCCCGCCCGUGUCACCCGCCGGGCCCGUGACACCCACCUGUGUCACCCGCCGGGCCCGUGUCACCUGGCCCGUGUCACCCGCCGGGCC